ACCAGUCCUCUGCCUUUGUUCUGCCCAAUAGCAACGCCGUCCAGCUUUGCUUAGCAUCAUCCAUCCAGCAAUUCCGCCGCCAUGUCCUCCUGCGAUAGUAAACACUCCCGCGUGCUCCUCAUUCCGAGCUCCGGCAUGGGCCACCACGUUCCCUUUGUCCGCCUCGCCACCGCACUUUCCGACCGCCGCAUCUCCAUCUCGCUCCUCGCCUUCCGCCCCACCAUCUCUGACGCCGAAUCUAUCCUCCUCUCCUCCCUCCCAUCUUCCCUCCUCCUGGACUUCCCUCUCACCCCUCUUGACCCCUCCCUCGUUCCUUCUGCCGACCCCUUCUUCCUCCAAAUGGAAUCCGUUCGCCGCUCCGCCCACCUCCUCCCUGCUCUCAUCUCCACCUGCUCACCAACUUUCUCCUCCCUCAUCGUAGACGUCGCCAUCGCUUCCUCCUUUCUUCCAGCAGCCGCAGCCGCAAAUAUCCCCUGCUUCGUCCUUUUCACCUCCUCUGCUUCCAUGCUCGCUCUCAGCUCCGUUUUCCACUCCCUCCCUUAUCCAACCGGAGCUGACAUCAACAUCGCCGGUGGCGUUCUCAAGAUUCCAAAUUCCUCCCUCCCGCAGCCCCUUCAUGACCCCAACCAUCUCUUCACUACCCUAUUCGUGGAGAACGGUCGCGCGCUCACUCAGGCAAACGGUAUCCUCGUCAAUACAUUUUUGGCCUUGGAGCCUGAUAUACUCGCUGCGCUCAACUCCGGCGAGGUCAUCGCCGGAUACCCGCCGGUAAUUGCUUUAGGCCCUCUUCUUCCAGUAAAAAAGCAGCCAUCUUUUGCCUCGCCGGCACUACGCUGGCUCGACGAACAGCCGGAGAAAUCCGUGUUGUACGUGAGCUUCGGAAGUCGUACGGCGAUGUCGAGGGAGCAAAUCAGAGAAUUGGGGGCUGGGCUGGAGAUGAGCGGUGUCCGGUUCUUAUGGUUGGUGAAAAGCGCGAAGGUGGACAGAGACGAGGCGGUGGAGAUCGGGGAAUUAUUGGGGGAAGGGUAUGCGGAGAGAGUGGAAGGCAGGGGAUUAGUUGUGAAGGAGUGGGUGGAGCAGGAGGCGGUUCUUGGUCACCGUGCGGUUGGCGGAUUCAUGAGCCACUGUGGGUGGAAUUCGGUGAUGGAGGCGGCGGCGGCGGGGGUGAGGAUGCUCGCAUGGCCGAGAAUUGGAGAUCAGAGGGUGAAUGCGGCGUUGGUGGCGAGAAGUGGGCUGGGAAGGAAGGAAGAGUGGUGGGCGGAGGAGAUUUCGAUGAAGGUGAAGGAGGUGAUGAGGGAUGAAAGGUUGGCGGAGAUGGCGGCUAAGGUGAGGGGGGAGGCGAUGGCGGCGGUAAGGUGGGAGCUCGGAUCAGAGCUGCGGCAAUUUGGUGAGGAAAUUGUAACGCGGCAAAACUGGCUUCAGCUCCAUCUUUAA